AUGUCUGACUCUGUUAAACAGUCAGAGUGUUUCUCUAACAGCAGGAGCCUCUUUACACUCAACUUCACACAGAUCAAGCAAACUGUCAAACCCAAACCCAGGAUAAAGAGGUUCAGUGAAUGUGGUGUUGAAGGUGUGGAGGUGGAUCAGAGUGUCAGAGGAGACUCUGUAGAAAGACAGAGAGCCAGCAGGACAGUCCACAUACACUGCUGCUCUAAAAGGGAAAGAGGUGGGGAAGGUGGAGAUGGGUGUGUCUUCAGAGCAACUGAGACUCCAGAGCUGAUUCGUCCAUCCAAAAAUGCUUUCUUCAUCUUUCCUGGUGAUUCCUUUGUAAAUCACUGCUAUGUGAACGUCUCCGCUCAACCUCCCAGUAGCAGCAGCCAGUCAGAGGAUCUCUACACAGCAGCUGAUAAACAUCAACUCUGUCUGGAUGAUCAGGAUGUGGAGGACCCUCCCACACAAACGUCACCUUCCUGUUGUUGUCAGACAAGCUGGACAGCGUCAGAAAGUGGGAGUGAUGCGAAGCUGAGCCUCAACUCUUGCGGCCCGUUACCAAACGACCACAACAGCAGACCCAGCCUCACAGACCACAACGGGAACAGACCCAGCCUCACAGACCACAACGGCAGACCCAGCCUCACAGACCACAACGGCAGACCCAGCCUCACAGACCACAACGGCAGCAGACCCAGCCUCACAGACCACAACGGCAGACCCAGCCUCACAGACCACAACGGCAGACCCAGCCUCACAGACCACAACGGGAGCAGACCCAGCCUCACAGACCACAACGGCAGACCCAGCCUCACAGACCACAACGGCAGCAGACCCAGCCUCACAGACCACAACGGGAACAGACCCAGCCUCACAGACCACAACGGGAGCAGACCCAGCCUCACAGACCACAACAGCAGACCCAGCCUCACAGACCACAACGGGAACAGACCCAGCCUCACAGACCACAACGGCAGACCCAGCCUCACAGACCACAACGGCAGACCCAGCCUCACAGACCACAACGGCAGCAGACCCAGCCUCACAGACCACAACGGCAGACCCAGCCUCACAGACCACAACGGCAGCAGACCCAGCCUCACAGACCACAACGGCAGACCCAGCCUCACAGACCACAACGGCAGACCCAGCCUCACAGACCACAACGGGAGCAGACCCAGCCUCACAGACCACAACGGCAGACCCAGCCUCACAGACCACAACGGCAGCAGACCCAGCCUCACAGACCACAACGGCAGACCCAGCCUCACAGACCACAACGGCAGCAGACCCAGCCUCACAGACCACAACGGCAGACCCAGCCUCACAGACCACAACGGCAGACCCAGCCUCACAGACCACAACGGGAGCAGACCCAGCCUCACAGACCACAACGGCAGACCCAGCCUCACAGACCACAACGGCAGCAGACCCAGCCUCACAGACCACAACGGGAACAGACCCAGCCUCACAGACCACAACGGCAGACCCAGCCUCACAGACCACAACGGCAGCAGACCCAGCCUCACAGACCACAACGGCAGACCCAGCCUCACAGACCACAACGGCAGACCCAGCCUCACAGACCACAGCUCCAAAUGCAACAACCACACAAGCCUCAGCUCCACAGAUUACAGCCCAGCAAUCUAUAGCACAAUCCAUGGAAGCAACAGUUCCACUUGUGACACCAGCCCCAGCAACAGCCGCACAAGCUAGCCCUGCACCACCUCCAGCAUCACCACCUCAAAGAUACACUGAACCUGUUGCAGAGAAAUAUAUAAUGGAUGCCUGGGC